UGCAGCCAGCCAAGGUCUGAGAAAAAAAGAAAAAGACAAAAAGAAAACACAGGGACGAAGAACUGUCAGUGACAGAAAGAACAUUGUCUUGUGAAAUACGAGAGAAGAUCCAUCGGUAUUGGUGACGAUGGCGUCGGGCAGCACAGGCAGUGAGGAGGAGAGAAGCCUCCGAGAAUGCGAGCUUUACGUGCAAAAACACAACAUCCAGCAACUCCUCAAAGACUGCAUCGUGCAGCUCUGCACCUCCAGGCCCGACAGACCCAUGGGCUUCCUUAGAGAGUACUUUGAGAGGAUGGAGAAGGAGGAGUCCAAGCAGAUCCUGAGCCAGCAAAAGUCGACCUCUCGUUCGGACUCUCGGGAAGACGAGGUUUCCCCCCCCAUGAACCCCGUGGUGAAGGGCCGCCGUCGCCGUGGCGCCAUCAGUGCCGAAGUCUACACAGAGGAAGAUGCCGCCUCAUACGUCAGAAAGGUCAGGGGUCAGCCCUCAGCCAAUCACACCACGCUACAGGUUAUCCCGAAGGACUACAAGACAAUGGCCGCCUUGGCUAAAGCCAUCGAGAAGAACGUGCUGUUCGCCCACUUGGAUGACAAUGAGAGAAGUGACAUCUUUGACGCCAUGUUCUCCGUCACCUACAUAGCGGGAGAGACGGUCAUCCAGCAAGGUGACGAAGGGGACAACUUCUAUGUCAUCGACCAAGGAGAGAUGGAUGUGUACGUGAACGGGGAGUGGGUGACCAACAUCGGGGAGGGGGGCAGCUUCGGAGAGCUGGCCCUGAUCUACGGGACCCCCCGGGCGGCCACCGUCCGGGCCAAGACCAUCGUCAAACUGUGGGGCAUCGACAGAGACAGCUACCGGAGAAUACUCAUGGGGAGCACUUUGAGAAAGCGAAAGAUGUAUGAGGAAUUCCUCAGCAAGGUGUCCAUCCUAGAGUCCCUGGACAAGUGGGAGAGGCUCACGGUGGCUGACGCCCUGGAGACGGUGCAGUUCGAGGACGGGCAGAAGAUCGUGGUUCAGGGAGAGCCGGGGGACGAGUUCUUCAUCAUUCUAGAGGGCUCAGCCGCAGUGCUCCAGAGACGCUCGGAGCACGAGGAGUUUGUAGAAGUGGGCAGACUCGGGCCAUCCGACUAUUUUGGUGAGAUCGCCCUGCUGAUGAACCGUCCCCGAGCAGCCACUGUGGUGUCCCGGGGCCCCCUGAAGUGUGUCAAGCUGGACCGACCUCGCUUUGAGCGCGUGCUGGGGCCCUGCUCAGACAUCCUGAAGAGGAACAUCCAGCAGUACAACAGCUUCGUGUCUCUCUCCGUCUGAGUCCCCCCCCUCUCUCCUCCUCCACCCUCCUCUCCUCCAACCCCCUUCUCUCC